AUGGGGAAACUGAAGCUCAGAGAGGUGAAAGCAUUUGUCUGAGGUCACACAUCCAGGAAGUGGCUGCCCUUGGAUUCCAAUCCAAGUGGUCAGGCUCCAGAGAACACAGUUCCAGAAUCCAUGAUGCCGAGCUACGAUCGCUCCUGCAGCUGCGGCCGAGGCCCCAACGUGGAGGACGGCAAGUGGUAUGGGGUCCGCUCCUAUCUGCAUCUCUUCUAUGAGGACUGUGCGGGCACUGCUCUCAGCGAUGACCCCGAGGGACCCCCGGUCCUGUGCCCCCGCCGACCCUGGCCCUCACUAUGCUGGAAGAUCAGCCUGUCCUCAGGGACCCUGCUUCUGCUGCUGGGUGUGGCGGCCCUGACCACCGGCUAUGCAGUACCCCCCAAGCUGGAGGGCAUCGGUGAGGGUGAGUUCCUGGUGUUGGAUCAGCGAGCAGCCGACUACAACCAGGCCCUGGGCACCUGCCGCCUGGCAGGCACAGCGCUCUGCGUGGCGGCUGGGGUCCUGCUGGCCAUCUGCCUCUUCUGGGCUAUGACGGGCUGGCUGAGCCAGGACACCAAGGCAGAGCCCUUGGACACUGAAGGUGAUGGCCACAUGGAGGUCUUUGGGGACAAGCCAGAGCAGCAGCUGUCCCCCAUCUUCCGCGAUGCCAGUGGCCAGUCAUGGUUCUCGCCCCCCGCCAGCCCAUUUGGGCAGUCUUCUGUGCAGACCAUCCAGCCCAAGCGGGACUCUUGAGCUUCCCAUGAGGCCAGAGGAGGAGCCAGACCUGGGGUCUGGACCCUUCCUCCUCCCCACCACACCCCGCCCUCUCAUUGUCUCCCCAUCUUCUCCCUUCCAGCAGGG